ACAUACAGACAUGUACAUACAUACACAGAAACACGCAUACACACAGAUACAUGUAAAUACACACGCACACACAUGUUCAUACAUACAGACACAUGUGUACACACAUGUACACACACAUGUACAUACACACACCCCACUACCCCAUAAAAAGUUGCAGUACUUCGUUGUUCUCUCACAGAUCCAGGUACUGCACUCUAGGGGGAGGCAGAGAGCACAGCACACACUCUUUCACUGCGCUCAGCUAUUGAGCAGUCUGACGGCUCCUAGUGCCAAUGACAGAUCCGGCCUGAGCUCCAAGCCUGCUCAGCACGAUGGCCCUGGGGGACACACUUGCCCCCACCAUAAUUUCCACUCGCCAUUGGCGAGCAGGUGAGUGGAAAUUUCAAGACCUGCUGUAUAUCCAUGCUGCUGU